UUAACCAUGCGACACGCGAUAUAUGUGUUCAAGACAAUAUCCGGCGACACGACAUGAUCAAACGACAAUUACGACGUCAGUUAAAGGGAAAAAAGCACAACUCCGAGCUGCGUAGGGACAGUAGGAGCAAAGUUGUACCUGGGCAAUAUUUGAGCUAUACAGGGAAGUGGAAUUCAGUUUUCAUCUUCCCGGCAAAUUCAGCAGUUUGAUUGCAAUCGAGAAAUGCAGGGUGGAUCAACUGGCAUUGGUUAUGGUCUCAAAUAUCAGGCAAGGUGCAUUGCUGAUGUUAAGGCGGAUACAGAUCACACCAGCUUCAUCGCCGGCACUCUUUCUCUCAAAGAAGAAAAUGAGGUGCAUUUGAUUCGUCUUAAUAAUGGUGGAACUGAGCUUGUAUGUGAAGGGUUAUUCUCUCACCCAAAUGAGAUCUGGGACCUUGCUUCUUGCCCUUUUGAUCAGCGUAUCUUCUCAACCGUCUUUUUUAAUGGUGAAUCAUAUGGAGCAGCCAUAUGGCAGAUUCCUGAAUUGUAUGGCCAGUUAAAUUCGCCUCAGCUUGAAAGGAUUGCUGCUCUUGAUGCACAUAGUAGUAAAAUCAGAUGUGUUCUUUGGUGUCCUACUGGAAGGCAUGAUAAAUUAAUUAGCAUUGAUGAGCAGAAUCUGUUCUUGUGGAGUUUGGAUUCUUCAAAAAAGACAGCACAGGUCCAGUCACAGGAAUCAGCUGGUAUGCUUCAUCAUCUAUCAGGUGGAGCAUGGGAUCCUCAUGACGUGAAUGCUGUUGCAUUGACUAGUGAUUCAGCAAUCCAGCUCUGGGACCUACGAACAAUGAAAAUGACCAACUCAGUUGAGCAAGUCCAUGCCCGCAGUGUGGAUUAUAAUGUCAAAAAGAGCCAUAUUCUGGUAACUGCUGAGGAUGAGUCUGGAAUACGCAUAUGGGAUCUUAGGAUGUUAAAGGCUCCCAUCACCGAGCUUCCUGGCCAUGCACACUGGACAUGGACAGUGAAGUCUAACCCAGAGUUCGAUGGUCUAAUCUUGAGUGCUGGAACAGAUUCAGCCGUCAGCCUAUGGCAAGCUCCUAUACAAAGCAGUGAGGAUGGAACACCUGAAAGUCUGUUUGAGUCCCCAACUAAGCGGGCAGACCCUUUACUGAGCUCUUACAGUGACUAUGAAGACAGUGUUUAUGGCCUUGCUUGGAGUUCUAGGGAGCCUUGGAUUUUUGCAUCAUUGUCCUAUGAUGGGAGGGUGGUAGUGGAAUCUGUAAAACCUCAUCUUUCCAAAAAGUGAAGACCCGUGUAUUAUACCAACUUUGUACGCAAUGGCCAUGAAAUUUUCCUUGAGGUCUUUGUUCAGAGGGAGAUCCUCCAAUGUGCACCUAGAGGCCCUCAUGUUUUCAAGUCUUGCUUGAUAUUUUGUCUGCAGGAGAUGAAUUCUAUGGUUUAAGGUAUCGGAAUGAGGAUGAAGCGUUUUUACUCCAUGGAUUUAGAAUGUGAAGUUUCCUGUAUACAACCCAAAGGCUCUGUAAAUUGACAUUCUAUCAUCAAUCCAUUUCAUUCCCGAGUUUAUAGCAAUAUCUUGAUUUUUGCGUCGAGCUUCCUUGCGCAUGUACGGACUACGAGUCAAGGUUGCUGGUUCCUGGUUUUUGACAGCUUUUUUUAUUUUUGCUUCCCCUUGUUUGGAAAAGUCUUUUUAGGAAUGUUUUUGACACCUGAUAAUAUAUACUUCCUCCGUUCUUAUUUACAUGACAUAAUUAGGUUUUGGACACUAUUUACAUAAGCUUCUUUGA